AUCUCAAGAACCAGAAAAUCUGAAUAAAGAUGGUAAAGAUGGGGGUCUGUCUGCCGUUACAGUGAAAACCUGUUACAAGGGAGAUAAACGAAAGUGGGACAAGAGACACUAUUGUGUAUAUUGUAAAAAACCACAAAGCAAAAUGGCACGACACCUAAUGCGGAAACACAGUGAUGAAAAAGAAGUAGCCCUUGUAAUAUGUCUGCCACCAAAAUCCAGGAAACGAAAAGAAAAGUUGGAGCAGCUUCGAAGGAAAGGCAAUUAUUUUCAUAACAUGAAAGUCCUACAAAGUGGAAAAGGCGAAAUUGUAACCUAUAGACAGCCAUCUGAAAGUGGAAAUGUACAAGAUUAUUUACCAUGCAACAUUUGCUAUGCCUUCUUUGUAAAAACUGAGUUAUGGAGACAUGAAAAACUAUGUCGGAAAACUUUUUUGGACACACACAGUGGAUCAGAAGAGCCCAAGAAGAAAAGAAGAGUGCAGACUGCUGCUGUCUCUCUUCUUCCUCUCAGAGGACAAGCAUCUCAAAGGUGUUCAGACCUCAUUUGCAGAAUGGUAGUUGAUAAGAUAUCAACAGAGGUAAAGAAUGACCCGCUCAUCUGUGAAUAUGGUGACAGACUUUUAGAGAAACAUGGCAAUGACCGCUCAAAAGAUGGUCAUGUUAGCCAAAAGAUGAGAGAGUUGGGUAGAUUCAUGCUUGCUGCAAAGUCCCUUAACUCACAAGUGAAGACCCUACAAGAUGUUCUUGUGCCACCUAAUUUUUCUUUAGCUGUGGCAGCAUCAAAAAAAGCAUCUGGUUACACAAGGACCAAAUACAGGUACAGUACGCCAUCUCUUGCUUUAAAAUUAGGACACUCAUUGAAGACAGUGUGUGACAUUAUGAUUGGACAACAUGUAAAGGCUGAAGAUGAAAUGGCUGCAAGUAGAGUGAGGAGCUUCUCAGGCUUGUUAGCUGCAGAGUGGGACCUCUAUGUGUCAAGGCGUGCACGCACAAACUUAGAAGAGGACAAAUGGAACAAAAAAGAAAUGAUCCCACUAACAGAGGAUGUCAUGAAGCUUCAGAAAAUGCUGAAGGCCACAGAGGAGGCCUCUAAACAGAAACUAAUGGAAGGACCUAACCCUCAAGCAUAUAAAACUCUUAGUGAGUGCAUUCUUUCACAAAUCAUUCUUUUUAAUCGAAGACGUCAAGGUGAGGCUGCAAAAAUGCCUCUGGUCACCUACAAGGAGAGAAACAAAGAGAAGCCAAAUAGGGAUGUGAUGCAGUGUCUCUCAAAACUGGAACAAGAUUUGAGCCAAACGUUCACCAGGAUCGUGAUCCGAGGGAAAAGGGGUCGGAAAGUGCCAGUGCUCCUUACAAAACAGAUGAGUGAAUCACUAGAUUUUCUCAUUGAAAAUAGGAACCAGGACAAUGAAAUUUUGGACAGCAAUGAAUAUGUCUUUGCAAGACAGAAUUCAGAUUCUCAUCUUCGAGGUUCAGACUGCCUUAGAAAGUACGCUGUUUUCAGUGGGGCAAGCAGGCCUGAAACACUCACUUCCACCCAGCUGCGGAAACAUGUGGCAACACUAAGUCAGAUAAUGAACCUGAAAGACAAUGAAUUAGAUCAACUUGCUAAAUUUAUGGGACACGAUAUUCGUGUUCAUCGAGAAUACUACCGACUGACAGAGAACACACUCCAGCUUGCCAAAAUGAGCAAGUUGCUCAUGGCAGUGGAACUUGGAACUGAUGUGUACAAAGGCAAAUCUCUUGAUGAGAUUGAUCUAGGUUUAGAAAUUGAUUUGUCUGCAAAAGACGCAGCUCCCCAACUGUCUCAACCAAGUGAAAGUGAUAAGGAUGCUUUUAAUGCAGAUGUUUUUGAAGACACAGAUGAGUCAGACUGCCAGACCCAGAGGCCUGAGCCAUCAGAGAUGACCAGGACAAAGAAAAAAGGACCUUCCAAAGUAAAAAGGGCCAGAAUGACCGAACCUACUGCUGAUUCAGAUGUGGAAGAGUCAGACUGCCAGACCCAGAGGCCUGAGCCAUCAGAGAUGACCAGGACAAAGAAAAAAGGACCUUCCAAAGUAAAAAGGGCCAGAAUGACCGAACCUACUGCUGACUCAGAUGAAGAACCGCUCUGCCUGACCCAGAGGCCUGAGCCAUCAGAGACGACCAGGACAAAGAAAAAAGGACCUUCCAAAGUAAAAAGGGCCAGAAUGACCGAACCUACUGCUGAUUCAGAUGUGGAAGAGUCAGACUGCCAGACCCAGAGGCCUGAGCCAUCAGAGAUGACCAGGACAAAGAAAAAAGGACCUUCCAAAGUAAAAAGGGCCAGAAUGACCGAACCUACUGCUGAUUCAGAUGUGGAAGAGUCAGACUGCCAGACCCAGAGGCCUGAGCCAUCAGAGAUGACCAGGACAAAGAAAAAAGGACCUUCCAAAGUAAAAAGGGCCAGAAUGACCGAACCUACUGCUGACUCAGAUGAAGAACCGCUCUGCCUGACCCAGAGGCCUGAGCCAUCAGAGACGACAAUGAUGAAGAAAAAAGGCAAGACAAAACAUCUAACUGAAUCAGAGGUGAGGAUCCGCCGUCCGUGGACUAAAACUGAAAAGGCUGCUGUACAACGACAGCUGGGCAAUUUUAUUGUUCUAAAAAGAGUUCCUGGUAAGGAACCAUGCCAAAAGGCUCUGGAGAGAGAACCAUCUCUACAAACCCGGACAUGGAGAGACAUAAAGAACCAGGUGUACAACACCAUCACAACAUUGAAAAAAAGACAGAAAUAGUUUUUUUUUCUUUUUUGUUGUUUUAAGUUUGUUUAUUUUACAAUGGCCCCAGAAAAAAGUUCUUAAAAUGUUUAAGUUACAGUUAGACAAUGUUUAAAAUUAAAUAUGGCUGUACAGUGCCAUAAGAAUGCUUUAAAGCAAUUGUUUAAUUGCAAGUUUAAGUAUUUUUACAAAGGGAAGGUUUCUUUUUGUUUGUUUUUUAUUAUAACAUUUUUAUUAGGCUUUGUUGCAAAGAGUCACUUUAUGUCACAAUAAUGCUGUUUACAGCAAGCCUUUUUUUCUCAUGAGGGCCACUGUUCUACUGUUUUAAAUGGUAAAUAAAUUUUGCUGUACCACA